GGAAAUCUUGUAACUGUAAAUAAAACGGGAUUUUUUCCAAGUAAACUUGAAAUCACAGGUACACUGUAGCAUACUAGUACCUCAAGUGGAUCACAUUAGGCAAAAAUCCAUCAUGAACAACUACAAAAUCAAGUUAUUUGUGCUGUUCUUUUCCAAUUUGAUACAGACAAUCUUCGCAGCUGCAUGCCGAAAGAACGAAGAGUGCAGUAAGGAGCAAUACUGUGAUAUCACUGGACUUGGACGUUGUGCUGAUUGUAGUACCAUUUGCAAUGUCAACACCAAUGCCAUGCAGAAAGAAUGUGAAAGAGUGUGUCCCGGUUACAUUCAGGCUCAAGCUAAUAGGGCUGGUACCACAACGGCACCUUGGGUUAUCCCAUCUGUGGCUACAGCUAAUAGGGCUGGUACCACAACGGCACCUUGGGUUAUCCCAUCUGUGGCUACGGAUGUAGCCAAUGGGGUUGGUACCACAAUGGCACCUGAGGUUAUGGCAGGUGUGAUCACUGGUGCACUGAUCGCUGUUGCUGCAUUAUUUAUUGCUGUUGGGGUACUUAUCUACUGCCUCAAAAAAGGAAAAAGGCCAUGUAAACGGUACCGCAGAGACAGAGCUAAGAGGAAGAAUAGCCAGGAUCCUGAGGAAAACGUAGAAAUGCUCAAUGCAUCAGAUACAGCUAAGAGAAAGGAUAGCCAGGAUCCAGAGGAAAAUACAAAAAUGCUCAAUGAAUCAGAGAGUACGUCCAAACUUUCACCUGCUGAAACACCUCCCUCAACUGGACAGUCUCGUACCAGAAAUUAUGAAAGGGAGGACAGCAAGGAUCGCCUCAGCAUAAAUCCUAUGCGACCCUCUUCUCUCCAUUCAGACCAGGAGAUUCAACCUUCAACAGGGGAGGAUCCAGAUGACAUGGUUCUCAAGCACUCAGCUGAUCCUGAGUCAAGUCAAGUAGCAACCAUAAAUGAAAAAAAUCAAACAGCAACCCCUUGGACACUGGAGGAUUCAGAAAGAUAUCGCAAAAGAGAAGAUAAUGAUGUGGUAACCAGUCCCACCACCACCACCACAGACAGUGGCUUCCCUCAGAGUGAUCCAAAUUCUCAGACAACAACUCCAGAUCAUACACACAGAUCCUCAUCAAGAGAAGAAUCACCAGAAGGUUCCUCAGAUCCAGGAAUUAAGGUCAUGAACAGUUCAAAUGUCCCACAGCCUCCAUCACAGCUUGCAUCAUCUGCCAUUUUAAAAACAGCCUCUCCAUGUGCAAACCAAACAAAUUAUCAACAUGUCAAUGGCCUAACUGAACCAAAAGCAAAUAGCGUCUACAUAACUGCUACUGGUCCAUGUGAAUUUCAUAUAAAUGCCCACGGUCUUACUAAUAUUAACAAUCCACUAAACAAUGUUGCUCCAGAGAAGAUCACUCUCAAUAACAUAAUCCCCUCAACACAAGAUCAAUGCGAGCUAGUGACAUCCAAGAAUGGAGGACAAGGGAUUUCAUCUCCAACCCAAGAAUCUUUCCAAAAAGAACAUUUAGCAAAUGGACACACUUGUUUAAAAGAUGAUUCAUAUUACUGAGUAAUCUAGCUAUAUCAGCAGACUUAAAUUUGUUUUUCUACAACACUGUGCUAGAGCCAGAGGGGAAGUAAUUAAAAAAAGAUGCCAAGGCCCAUAAUACAUGCUAAUGGUUGUGUUACAUGUACAUGUAUAAUUACAUAUUAUAAGGUUGUGAGGACUGUGUAGAGUCAAUCAAAGAGGUGAUAUUGUAACUUUGUGUUAGACUGAAAAAGAAACAUAUCAAAAACUGUAUACCUUUUCAGUCAUGACAGAUAAAGUAAAAUGUUGACUGAAAUGCUAGUG